GGAGAGACGAAUGAUGUCAAUGAGAGGGAGAGUGAGAGAGCCCCUCACUGAAGAGGAAGACUGAGAUAGUAUGUGAGGGGGAGGAGAAUGAUAGAGAAAAGGAGAAAGAGAGAGAGAGAGAGAGAGAGAGAAGCAAGGUGCACACAUUGCUCAGCUUGCACAUUGCAGCCGCGACUGGCAGCCUGAGAGGAGCUUGCAUCUGCACCUUUUGAACAAAAGACUAAAUGACAUCUCAAAACAUCUGUUAGAUUGAUACUUCAUCACUGGGAAGGCAUUGCCACUAACAGAGGCAUUUUGGGACCACAGUGGAGAAGAAAAAAUAUAAGCAGUGAAGAAUCUAACAUCACCUGCUCUCUAAGUGGACCCAGAGCCAUGAUGUGUGGGUCCAUAAAAGUACUAUGUCCUCUGAUGAGCCUAGCAUUGCUGUUCCUUAGUAUUCAUGCUGUGCCAGCCCACAAGGACAAAACAGUAUGGACAGCUAGGAUCAAAAGGCAAGCCACAGAUGGUAAUGGAAACACCAACAAUCAGAGCCAGCCUAUGAUAUUCAACCACGUGUACAACAUUAAUGUGCCACUAGAGUCCCUGUGCUCAGUGGAUCUGGACUCAAAGGGAUCCACAGGGAGUGAUAAAUCAGGUGAAGUGUAUGAAGAGGAAUCAAUGGACUCGGAAAGCCAGGUGACUUUCACCCACCGCAUCAACAUCCCCAAGGCAGCAUGUUCAUGCCCGGCUUCAGCCAUGCUGCAGCAGCUAGCCAGUCGCAUAGAGAUGCUGGAGAGAGAAGUUUCACUGCUCAGAACACAGUGUAGCGGUGCUUGCUGUGGGGAUAACUUAGUCCUUGGUCGGCUGGAUUUUGGCCCUUAUUGCAGUGGACAUGGCACCUUCAGCAUGGAUGUUUGUGGCUGUGUGUGUGAUGAAGGCUGGAUGGGUAAAAACUGCUCAGAACCACAAUGUCUUGGGAACUGCUCUGGUCAGGGUGUGUGUGUUGAAGGCGAGUGUGUGUGUGACACUGACUUCAGUGGAGAAAACUGCUCAGAGCCUAGAUGUCCUGGAGACUGCUCGGGCCAGGGUGUAUGUAUUGCUGGAGAAUGUGUGUGUUGGGAGGCCUACACUGGAGAUGAUUGCUCCAUGAACAGAUGCCUGAAUGACUGCUCUGAGCAGGGGCUCUGUGUCAAUGGAACCUGCCAAUGCAGGCUGGGAUUCCUUGGUGAAGAUUGCUCACGUAUCUCCUGCGCUAACAACUGCAGCCUCAAGGGAGAAUGUAAAGGUGGAUUUUGUGUGUGCCAGGAGGGUUACAUGGGAGACGAGUGUGCUUCAGUGGCACCACCCAUGAAUUUGCAAGUGCGUAGGGUGACAGAGCGUACGAUUGACAUAGAGUGGAAAGGGUCAUCAGUUGUAACAGACUACUUGAUCACUUAUGUUCCAACAAGCCUUGGUGGACUACAGCUGGAAUUGCGAGUUCAAGGAAAUGUGACAAACACCACCAUAAAUAAGCUGGAGCCAGGUCUGGAGUACAACAUCAAUGUGUACACAGUCAUUGACAAUGUCAUCAGUGUGCCAGUCAGCACUGUGGCCUCAACCUAUCUCUCAAAUCCUGAUGGACUAAUAUUCAAAUCUAUCAUGGAAACAUCAGUGGAGGUUCAGUGGCAACCCUUUGACUACUUGUUUGAUGGUUGGGAAAUAAGCUUCAUUCCCAUGGACAAUAAUGGAGGAAUGACAACCCAGCUGCCCAGUACCAUCACAUCCUACAAUCAGACUGGUCUGAAGCCUGGAGAGGAGUACACUGUAAAUUUGGUGGCACUGAAAGACCAAGGCAGGAGCCAGCCUGUCACUGCCACUGUUACAACAUUAAUUGAUGGACCAACCCAGCUUAUGAUCCGGGAUGUCUCAGACACAGUGGCAUUUGUUGAGUGGACUCUGCCCAGGGCCAAAGUGGAUGAGAUUAUACUGCAAUAUGGAAUAGUGGGUUAUGGUGAACCCAUGACCACAUUUCAUCUGGAGCCAAGUUUGAGUCAAUACUCACUACAAGUCUUAAAGCCAGGCUCCAGAUAUAAAGUGUUAGUUAGCAGCUUUUACAAGGGCAAUGAAAGUAGAAUCACCUCUGCUGAGUUUAUCACAGAGAUUGAUCCACCCAAGCACUUGCGGGUACUCUCUAAGACAUCCACUUCUCUGGAGCUGGAGUGGGACAACAGCAAGGCUGUUGUGCAGAACUACUCUGUUGUGUACAGUACACUGGCUGGAGAUCAGUACAAUAAAGUUAUAAUUCCACGUGGCAGUGAAGCAACAACCAAGACAACUCUCACAAAUCUGCAACCAGGCACUGAAUAUGGCAUUGGGAUAUCAGCCAUUCUGGGUACCAAUCAAAGCAACCCAGCCACGAUGAAUGCCAGGACAGGUCUGGAUACCCCCAUGGAUCUGAUGGUCACAGCCUCCACAGAAAACAACAUCACUUUAGUCUGGGGCUCUGUCCAGGGACCCAUUGAGUAUUACAGAGUAAGCUACACCUCAGCUAGUGGUGUGACCACAGAAAUAACUGUACCCAGAGAUAUCAGCAGCACCACUCUGAGUGGCCUGGAGCCUGGUACUGAGUACACUAUCACGGUCACGGCUCAGAGGGGCAGACAACAAAGCGCCGCUGCCACAAUUGAUGCCUUUACAGGCUUCCGUCCAGUGAGUCAGCUCUACUUCUCAGACAUCACAUCUGACUCCUUAGCCGUAUCUUGGAGUGCUCCAGCCCCACCUGCUGAUAGUUUCAAUCUGCACUACUCUACAGAUGAUUCCAGUGAGGAAUCUGAAGUCGUUUUGGAUGGUUCCAAGACCAGGACGGUCCUUUCAGGCCUCCUGCCUUCCAGAAAAUACAUUGUUACUCUAGUUACCAUGCAUGGAGACACAGCUUCAGAGCCUGUUACAAGCACCAUUGUCACAGGUAUGGACCCUCCCAGAGAGAUCAUGAUAUCGUACAUCUCUGAGGAUUCAGUAACCGUAUCGUGGGCUCAGCCACUCGCUCAAUUUGAUUACUACAAAAUGUCCUACCAGUCUGCUAGAGGUCAAAUGGACAGUGUGGUGAUUGACAAGGAUGUGACAAAUUAUACUCUGACCAGACUCCAUCCAGCAACAGAAUAUGAGAUUAAGUUAAACACAGUACGUGGCAGCCAGGAGAGCAAACAAAUGAGCACCAGUGUAUUUACAGCCAUGGACAUGCCAAUGGAACUGAUGGCCCUGAACGUCACUCCACAGGGAGCAUUGUUGCGCUGGACUCCUCCACGUUCCAAUGUGGAUAAUUAUGUACUCACCCUCACCCGCAGCCAAGUGACAACAGAAACAUUUCUAGUGGAAGGGAACAAGCAGGAACAUCAGUUGAGUCAGCUUUUCCCUAGCACGCCUUAUUCCAUCGCGCUCUAUGCCAGCAAGGGCCCUUUAACCAGCGGCACUGUGAUCGCCAGCUUCAUCACACCCAUGGACGCUCCCCAGGAUCUGACUGCUAGUGAGGUCAACCACCGUAGUGCCCUCAUCUCAUGGCAACCACCCAUUGCAGAUAUUGAUAACUACAUGCUGACCUAUAGGUCAAGUGAUGGAAGCCGCAAAGAGUUAAUUCUGGAUGCUGAGGACACAUGGAUCCGUCUGGAGGGGCUGGCUGAGACAACAGAUUACACAGUGAGAUUGCAGGCGGCCAGAGGCCUUGAGACCAGCGCCAUUGUGUCUACAUCCUUCACAACUGGAAACCGGUUAUUUGCUCUUCCACAAAACUGCGCUCAGCAUCUACUAAAUGGUGAGCUCCUCAGUGGAGUUUACACUGUCUACAUCAACCGUGACCCCAGUCAGGGUGUACAGGUCUAUUGUGACAUGACUACUGAUGGUGGUGGCUGGAUUGUGUUUCAGCGUCGCCAGAAUGGAUUGACUGAUUUUUCCAGGAAGUGGAGUGAAUAUAGAACUGGAUUUGGGAAUCUGGAGGAUGAGUUCUGGCUAGGUUUGGAGAAUAUUCACAAGAUUACAGUUCAAGGACGCUAUGAGCUGCGCAUCGACAUGAGAAAUGGCCAAGAGGCAGUAUAUGCCAACUACGACCGGUUCUCUAUUGGAGACUCUAGAAGCCUCUACAAACUAAGGAUAGGGGAAUACAAUGGCACUGCUGGUGACUCUCUGAGCUACCACCACGGUCGACCUUUCUCCACUAAAGACAAGGAUAAUGACAACGCUGUGACUAACUGUGCACUUUCUUACAAAGGAGCCUGGUGGUAUAAAAACUGUCACAGAGUCAACCUAAAUGGCAAAUAUGGAGAGUCCAGACAUAGUCAGGGUAUCAACUGGCACCUGUGGAAAGGCCAUGAGUUCUCCAUCCCAUUUGUGGAGAUGAAAAUGAGACCCUAUAAUUACCGCAGCAUCAGUGGAAAGCGAAGGAGGUCCACUACACAUUAAUCAUCUGUUUUAUCCCCAUCUUACUAGCUGUUCCUAUUUUUACAUGAAAGGAAAAGUAAGGUUGUGUCAUUUUUUAAUCUCUUUUAAGGAAUUGCAUUUAGAUGAUAAGUCUUUUGGAUUGUUCCCUUCUCUGUAAAACCUCUGAUCCCUGAAGGUUUAAGAAAAAGCUCCUAUAGGUACAGUGUGAUACAGUGUUAUUUACCACAAGUGGUUUGGGGAAAGGACAUGAAUAAAAACAACAAACAUGACAGUGUUACUUUAAAGAAAAUGAUUUUAGAAAAAAAUCACUAAAUAGAAAAAUAAGAGACUUAUAUUUUUAUAACUGAAAACAGCUGUAAAAUAUGUCUGAAUGAUUUACAUGCAAGAUUUUGAGACUGUUUUGUUUCUGAUCUGAAGUUGGUUUUGAACUCUUUCAUUUAUUUUUGCUAUUUGACAUACACAUAGGGUAAAUACACAAUCCCAAAAAUUACAUUAAUAGGUGAUAAACAGUAUAUGGGCUAUCUGAGCUGACUGGAUAUUUAUAUAAGCUAACUAUAUGAGCUAAAAAUACACUAUAUCUGGAUACAAAAACGUAUUAUACAGUGAGCAUAAAAACAUCUAAAAAACAAGAUUUUUAUUAUUUAUUCUUUUAUUUCUGAAAUUGCUUACAUCAGUAGCUCAUGCCAGGAAUGUGGGAAAAAAUUCACUCUACUGUAAUUUUACUUCUUUGCAUAUAUUCUAAUUAACUAAUUAAUGUAGCCACUCCACCUACAGUUUUUUUUUGUUUGUUUUUGUUUUGUUUUUUGAGGUGGGAGGGAACCAGAGAACCAGGAGGAAAGUUACACAGACAUGUGGAGUACAGGGAACAGAAACAAGCUACAUCCAUGUAUAAAAUUUGUGCUUGUGCUUUAGCCUGUGUUACAGCGCAGUAUUAAUAAUUUAUUAGAAAUCAAAAAGCAGCAUUAUAAUAACAAAAAUUGAAUACAUUUUACCAAUUUGCAUAUAAAACCUGUUAGGAAACACCAAUCAACUAAUUUAUAAUCUUUUGCCAGUGUUCUAGCUGACAAAGUAAAGAGCCAAACAUAACUGGCAUUACAUUUUGAGUUAAAGAUAUUUCUGAAAAUACUGUUGAGGCUUUGUUUUCAAAUGAUGUUGACAAGCGAUGAGAGAAUAUUGUAAUCAAUUCUAGAAGCUGUGAAUUUACAACAUUUUGAUUGCUCUUGUCCUCAUUACCAUCAAUAUCAGAUUCAAACCCACAGAAUCAAUCAGACAUCUGGGUAGGUUUGGACAUGCCACACUCCUUAUCUUAUAAGAGCGGAAGAGAUUAGGAAAUGUGUGAAUAAAAAAAAUAACUAGAUAAUUGACUAAACAUGCUGGAAUCAAGAAAAAACGUAUGUGAGAGUGUUAAAAAAUAAAAGGUACAGUAAGUGAUAACAAUAUAAUGUUAUUUUCAUUGACUUCUUGAUUCUUUAGGAAAUAUUUGAAGGCAUUUCAAAAUCAACUCUAUAAUUAGUUUGUAUUCAUGCAAAUUGUAUAUUUUACUUUUUUGACUCAUUGGCCUGUUAAUGACUAAUUUUGGAGAUAUCAUAGGUGUGUUGCCUUUGAAUCCUUAGACUGGAACAUUCCAUUUGAUUACACCUGAAGAAUGAUCAUGUCUCAAAGCUCUUUAAUUCCUUACACUGAUGGUAUUUUUGAAAACCAAAGAUUUUGGAAAUUUAUAGAGGAUUUCAAAAUUAAUUGCAUCUUGAUAGAUUUUGAUAUAGCAAUGCCAUCUUUAACCAUCAUUGCAAUGCCAUCAAUGAUAUAGCAUUGCCAUCAUCAAUGCCCAGACAAUAACAGAUUAUUGCAGCUAAAUCAAAAUCUAUCCAUGAACUUAAUGAUUUGUAUGUGCACUAUUUCCGAAGUUCAUGUAAUUUAAGUAUUUAUGUAACAUGUCAUGUAGUCAAUUCAGUUUUGCUGCGGAAUUACUUUCAGAGUAAUGUCAAAAAUGGUUAAGAAUAACAAACCUCACAAAUGUAAAAUCUACUACUUCAAACAUUUUUGCUACCUCUUUUUGUUUUAUUUUAUUUUCAGUGUAUGCUAUUGAUUAAUUUUGUACUGAGUAAAUUUAACUAACUGCAUGUUGAAAACCAUAUUUGACAAGGAAAAUAGACUAGGAGGUAGGGGUGGGGGAGUGGGACAAAAGUUGUAAAAGUUUGCAAGUUAACCUAACUAGACAGAUUUUAGAUUUCUUGGUACAUCUGUUUCUACAUAUAUUUCUGCACAUUUUUGGGUGGUGUUGCAAGACAAAAAAAAAUGUACUAAUCUAGUAACUGCUAUUUCAAUUUAACUGAAAACUCAAAUGCAAAAGUGAGACCUGUAACAUAACAAAGGUCAUGUUUUUAAAAAAUUUGGUUCUACUUCCGAUCAUCGGAGUUGGAUUCCGUCAGAACUAACAGAACUUCACAGUUUUCCCUCUCAUAUGUGUCCUUUCUAAUAUGAAUAGCAAAGACAUCAGCUUGUGACUAUGGCUUCAUGUGUGUAGUUUAAAGGGGGGAAAGGCCACAGCUAUGUUACAUUAGCAUAUAGUUAAAUGUUGGAACUAUCAUCUUCUAUGGUGUUCCAAAAAUGCAUUUUGUCUGAUGGUACAGAUUGUAAAAAUAGGAAGAUUAUAAAAAUCUAAGUAUUCAUGCCACAGUAUUCAGCACCUUAUUAAAGAGUUGAGGAAGAGUAUUGAAAGACGGUGAGUCAGUAUUGGUGACAAGAACUUUGGUUCAUACCCCAAAGCGUUGGUCAAGAGAGCAUUUCACCUUUGAGCUAUUAUGUGUUCUUCCUGCAUAAAAGAAAAUAGUAACAACAAAUGCCUUCAAACAUGGAUUUGUGUAAAAACCAGAAAGUGAAAGGAAAAUGCAAAAACUGGCCUCCACAUCAGCAUAUCAGUGUCCUCAAAAUGAAACCUGUCAGACCACUAAGUGUCCAAUGUGAUUCCGAGAAAGAGAAGAGACAGAGACUUUGGAUCAGGAUGUGUUGGCGCACAAAUAGCCAAAUGAACAGGCCAAAUGAACCGUGGUGUAUAUCCUCCCACCUCUGUAUCUGUUAUGGAUGACACUGCAGUAUAUUCAGUAGACUAAGCCUCAUUGCAUCUUUCUGGCCAUACAAAUCAAGGAUCUGCCUUUUUUGGUGUUACUGAUGGCAUGGACCUCCAUAACCACUAACCAUCAGACCAUACCAGGGUCUGGAUGAAUGGUUCAUUGCGGCACAACAGAAAAAAUAUUUUGCAGCUAUGAGCAUGGUCUUGCUACUAAUCCCAGUAUACUGGGAUUUCAGACAGAACCUUGAGAGGCCUCCAAAAAUCUAUUGGAAUCUGGCAUGUGCUUACCAAGUAAAGAAAAGGAAAAGUAGUAAUAUAGCAUGAAUACAAAUUUAUUUACUUUAUUGUUGUCAGCAUGUUUAUCACAGAUAUCCAGUUUUUAGACCCCACUUUAGUUAGAGGUGAAAUAGAACCCCUAGAAUCAUGCACUGUAAACUACGUUUUAGAGUUAGAUUGAUGUGUUUUGAGGUAAUGAGGUAUAGAAAACUUUUCUUUAAAGGUGCUAGCUGCUAUUUUCUGGUCUUGUGCACUAUCUUGACAUGUUAGGAAGCACUGUGGCAUACAGGAAGCGUAGGUAGAGUGUGAUAUUGUGGGAAACUUUUGUAGGCUACACACAUGUGACAUUCUCAAGGUGAUAACUUUGCUUUUAGUACUCAGAAAGGAAAUAAGGGAAAAUUACAAAAACCACCCUAGCAAUCCUCGACUAAGUUGUAGAACCACAGUAAAAUAUUUCAAAAGGAUUCUACAAGUGUGUAAAAUCUUAUAUCAACAUGGUUUAACAAAUUUGGUAUUUAUAAAGAAAAAUAGCACUCGCUGGUAAACAUAACCUAAACCAGAGGGAUUUAAAUACAUCAUUAAUAGAUAUGAACAAAUCAUUGGUUAUUCACAGUACUAAUGAUUAUAAAUGGCACUUUAUAUAGUUAGUCAUGUUAUAAAUAUAUAUUAUUAUAAAUAUACUUUGAGGCAUGCUGUUAUAUGAAAAUAAUCAUUGCCUGAAUGUGGGGUGCAAAGCAACAAUCUUUUUACUUCAAAAUUGAUUGAUUUGUAAUUUAAUGAACAAUUAAUGAAUGUCUAAGAAGCAAAUUAAUUCCUUUUUCCUAUUUUCUUUUUCUUGAAGUUAAUAAUGUGACAAAACCUCGCUUCUCACGUUAGUAAGAAACCAAAAAAACUCCUCAUUCCCGAACACAUUCCCAUUGCAAAAAAAACUUAACAGAAUGUUACUCAAGACUCUUUCUGUAAAUGCUAACAAAUGUAUCUAUACAAAAAGCAUCAUCAUAUUAUUGAUUAUGCAUUUCUUUGCUAAAUAGUAGUACAUUUUUGACUGAUUUUUACAAUUAAGUCUUCAAUUAUUUGGAUUCAGGGUGUCCACCAUCCACUGUAAAUUAGCUAUUACUAUAGUAAUAUUAAUGUAUUAGAAUGUGUCCGAACCUGUGCUUUUUCUUGUAGCCAGAACUACUGUCAGAGCUGCUGUUACAGAAAAUUUAUCGACACCUUCUGUUCUGAUCAAUCAGAAAUAUCAUCACUGAAGUAUAAUGUUUUGUAACAGAUGGCUAUAUGUAAGGGACUAAACAUUUUGUUAACAAAUGUAUAAAAUGAUGAGUAAUUACACAGACCUUUUCAAAGUGCCUAAAGUGAAAUCUGUUCAUAUAUGGCUAAAAGUUUCUAAAGGUUUGUUAUAUAUCAGUAAAUAAACCUCUACAUUUUCUGUACAAAUGAUCAGAAUAUGAUAGCAUUGCAUACAAUCAUGUAUUAUUAAUCAUCUCUAUUAUCUAAAACCUAUUUAUAAGACAUUAUUUAAUAACAAAUUAAUUAUAUACAGACCAUUUUACUAAAGCUAAACUAUUAGAACAUUUGAUUAGAAGUUUAUAUGUAAUUCAAAUUCAAAAUAACUACUGAUUUGUUCAUAUCUUUUAAUAGUGUUUUAAGAAAGAAAGUUAUUAUAAUAGUACUUUCUUAAGCUUAUUUGUCCUGGAUUGUGGAAUUUCAGGUACACAAAAUAUUCUCAUUGUUGUUGUUUUUGUUCAGUCAUUAUGAAAGAAAUAGUUUUUUUGUUCUGCUCACACUUUUUAGACUCACAAGCCUUUUUCAUCAUGUUCUUUGCCCUUUAUUUGUAGAAAGAAUUCUGAUUUUUAAUACAGGUUCAAUAUUACUAUAACACAUAUUUGGAGACAUGCACUUUGUGCCUUCCUUCAUUCUUAUUCAUAGAAUUUGAACAUUAGUGAAAAUGUCAGGACAAGUAUAAUAGCUACAUUACCAAUAGCUACCAGUUCCCAAUCAGCUCUUAUAACUGAUUAUUAAUUAUUAUAGUUAACAAUUAUAACAAUGUUUUGCAGUUAUAAAAUAAAAACAGAUUUCAUCUUGUUUUGGAUUAGCAAGAACCUUCUCAGUCCAGGACUCAUGAUUCAGUUCAGCAGCCCCUGUCAUAUUGACCAGUCACUCUCUAAUAAGCCUUUUCUGUUUUGUUAAACCAUUGCCAAAUGUCAAUGUAACUAACUGAAUUAAAGAACAGCAGCACACUUCCAUUUCAUAUUUGUCCAUCGUAAGGCUAGACUUUUUUUAAUUUCAUUACAUUUGUUCCAAUCCAUUGACUGGACUUUGUGUAUAACAAAUCAGUGUGGCAGUGCUCUUGGCAGUUCAGAUUUAUUAUUAUGAAUGAUCCUAUCAUUAUUAAAUGAAUUAUCCAGUUAAUUAUUAAUGCUGUCAUUUCUUCAUUAUGUCAUUAUGGCUUCUUUUGGUCAUCAUGCCUAAUGUAGUUUCUGACUAUAGAUGAGAGGAGAUGGAACAAUUGUGUGUUCUCUUCCUUCCUGGCUUUUGCUGUUUACUGAGAGAAUGGAUGUUGCAUGUGCUAAAGAUAAACGUGAUGUUGUAAGAAGAUGGAUGUGUGGAAAAACUGUAUAUGCCUCUGUAAUAGCCUGAAACUUACAAUUGAAUAACCUUGGAUACUAAUGUGACUAAUUAAAUUAGCUCUAGUUUGACUUAAACGUGCUGUAUAAUUCCUUUUUAAUACGUUUUGUACUCGUUAAUAAAAUAUUAUAAAUAUGAA